UUGGUCCUCAAGAGCGGCGAGAUUGUUACGCCGGACCGGGACGUGGAACGGCGCACCAUGCGCCUGGCGACUCCCGGUCUCGACCGCGGCACCACCCACACUAUGGUCGCCGCCCUCCAGUUGCUGCUGCCUGGAGAGUGCGCCCCGGCCCAUCGCCACACACCCACCGCCAUCCGCUGGAUUCUUACCGGCAACGGGGCAUUCACCACGGUGCAGGGAGACAAGUGCUACAUGGAGCCUGGCGACCUGAUUCUCACCCCAUCCUGGACUUGGCACGACCACACUAAUGAAGGGACCGACCCCAUGAUCUGGUUGGACGGCUUGGAUGUUCCCCUUGUAGGGUAUCUCAGGGCUAACUUCUACGAGGCGUUCCCCGAAGACCAGCAACCCAUCACCGGCGUUGGCGACUCAAUACGCAAGUACGCCUCCGGCGCGCUGCGGCCCGUUUGGGGCGCGGAAGAAGUCCCUUAUUUCACCACUGUGGCACUAUAA